AACCAUGGACAGUUUGCCAGUUGAGGCUUGUCUUUAUGCUGCUCUGCUCAUGGUUUGGUCCGUGCAUUCUCAGCCCAGCUGUGAUCAGACAGAGUUCCUACACCCUAACGGUACUUGUGUUGCAUGUCCUGUAUGUGGACCUGGAGAACAACUCACAGAGGACUGUGGCUUUGGAGAUGGUGGUGAAGGCAUCUGUAUUAUGUGUGAACAAGGAACAUUUAGCUCAGAUACAAGUGUGGCCCCCUGUACAAGGUGUACCCAGUGCAACCUGCUGAAUCGCCUGCAGAAAACAGGAUGCUCAUCUACCACUGAUGCCCUCUGUGGACAGUGCCUCCCAGGGUAUUAUGAACUCAGGAGUAUGACUGGAGGAGUGGAGCCGGUCUGUGUACCCUGUUACAAACACGACACAGUCCAUAAAGAGUGUUUGCUUUUGACAUCUGUUGGCUCUAAAGCAGAUGUUCCCAUCACUGCAACCAGGGAAAAUUUCCAGGAGCCUAAGGAGAAGAGGUUAAAGGAAGACACAUUUUCAGUUGUUCUCAUUGGAUCAGCUACAGCCUCCUCCAUUUUUGUCAUUGCUCUGUUGCUGUGGGCAUUCCUCCUAACCGCUGAGAGAUUCAAACACGUCCCUGAAUACUACAAUGGGUCUGAGGGAUUACUGUCUGCGCCGCUGAACAGCCAUAAAGAGAGAAUAAUAAAACCACCAGAGACUCCUUCACAGAAACCUGCUCAUACUGAUGAUCCCCUGAGAGGCCUAAACUCAGUGAGUCAUGAGAAUGAGGUGCACCCGACUUCCAUUGUGAUUAACGUCACCACCAACAUCAAAUCUACUAAUCAGAAUAAAAAUAAUACACAAGAGAAUGAGAGAGACAGCUGUUUUUCACUGGAGGAGAUGGAGCAAAAACUGCAGAAAAUAUGGGAGGUAGCUCAAGAUCAGAGUAUCGAAAUGCUGGACUAUGACUCAGUCCAGGACUUGUCCCUGCUGCUGGACUCGGCUGACAAGAGUAUUCUGAGGAGACUGGGCCGGUCUUUAGGUGUCCCCCCUAAUGUCAAUACUCAUCUCCAAGGCUUCCAGGACCUUUUUCAGUAUCUACGCACCUCCACAUACACACUGCUGCCCCAGCUGGCCCAGGCUGCUGCACUCCUGCCCAGUCCAGAAGUUGUUGCAAGGAUACAUCGAGCAGUGGUGACCAAGUGACCGCUAAACCCCCAGGGGUG